AUGCCGGGUGUUGUCGAACUCCCCGUUGGUGCCGCGGCACGCCAAUUUGAUCUGGGAUUCAGUGUGGGACAUCAGAAAGUCGAACUUGAGAUUGAUCUAGCAUCCAAAAGCCUCAAAGGAAGGACGGAAAUCACAAUUCACCCUCGCCGCAGAGAUCUAGGGACAAUUUGGUUGAAUUUUCGACAAGGCGAGGUCAAGCACCUGAGUGUUAACGGCAAGCCUGCAACAACAAAAUACACCGAUCAAUACGAGUCGCUACAACUCUACGGCGUACACUAUCACGAGCGGUUGACACCAAAAAUCCACAGCCUCUUACAAACUCCCCCAAGACCCACCCUACCUAUCACGAUUCCAAAGGGCGUCCGCAUCGAUGAACUGGAUCCGUCUUCAGCCGAAGCACAGGAUCAAAUCGCGCUACAAUCUACCGUCGAAAAUGUGGAUGGCCCUUCGAGUGCCAGGGCGCCAGAGGCAAACCUUCCGCGAUUCACGGCUCUGACCGUGAACAUCGAAUUUGUUAUUGAUAAUAUUCGGGAUGGCUUACAAUUCGUCGGUGUCGAAAAUGGAGAUCGCCGGUAUCCUCAUGCCUACACCACCAACUCACUCGAGUCUGGUAUCGGCUGUCCCUUGUUCCCAUGUGUGGAUGAUAUGUCCUCGCGAUGUACCUGGGAGGUUUCCAUAACAUGUCCUAGCUCUCUUGGUGAUGUUUUCGACCGGAAGAGCCAAGAUGCGUCCGGUGCAGCAACCAUAUCCCGCUCGAAGGCGCCGAACCGCCAACUUUCUGCGGACGAUGAGGGCCUUGAUAUGUCCGUGGUGUGCUCCGGCGACUUGACUGAUGACAUUGUCGAUCCCAAAGACCAUACCCGCAAAACAGUUUCGUUUGCGUCAUAUUCACCAUUGGGAGCCUUGCAAAUUGGGUUCGCCAUUGGUCCAUUCGAGUAUGUCAACCUUGCCGACUUCCGCGAAAGUGACCAGGAUGAACAACUUGGCCAAAAUGCUAUUCCUUUGCACGCAUUCUGCCUCCCAGGUAGAGCGGACGAAGUUCAAAACAGCAGUUUUCCCAUGGCUCAGGCAAUUGACUUCUUCUCUUUGUCGUACGGCUCGUAUCCAUUCGGCAGUUACAAAAUUUGUUUUGUCGAUGAUCUCCCAACUGAUAGUCUUCCCACUGCGUGCAUGUCAAUCUGCAGCAGCCAUCUGCUCUUCCCAGCCGAGAUGAUCGACCCAAUGUAUGACUCUACUCGGGCUCAGGUGCACGGUCUGGCAUGUCAGUGGACUGGAAUCAACAUCAUUCCUGCUGAGCCCUCGGACACAUGGGUGACAGUUGGUGUAGCAUGGUACAUUACAGAUACGUUCAUGAGAAAGCUUUGCGGAAACAACGAAUACCGUUUCAGACUAAAGCAGAUGUCUGAUCAAGUCUGCGACUUGGAUUUCGAGCGCCCCUCGAUAUACGACAUGGGUAACAUUCUCAAGGUUGAUCCUUCCGAAUACCGCUUUGUUGCAUUGAAAGCGCCUUUAGUCUUGUUCAUUCUAGAUCGCCGACUGACCAAGGCCAGUGGUAAAGCCACGAUGUCUCGCAUUAUUUCUCGACUUUUCCUGAACUCUCGCAUGGGUGAUAUACCCAAUGGAGCUGUCACCACGUCCCUGUUCCAAAAGACCUGUGAGCGACUGGGUCACGCAAAAUUAGACGUCUUCUUCCAACAAUGGGUAUACGGCGCGGGAUGUCCACGAUUCCAAGCAACCCAACGAUUCAACAAGAAGAAACUCGUUGUUGAAAUGAUGAUCAGACAGGUCCAAUCUGAACCACAACCUCCUCGCGAUCUUGACAAGGAUUCCUUCUUGCGAGACGUGAAGGAAGAGGUCCGGCACGUCUACGCGGGCGCAGUUCAGCCGGUCUUCACAGGGUCGAUGACCCUUCGGAUUCACGAAGCGGAUGGAACUCCUUACGAGCACAUUGUUGAAAUCAAGGAGGGGGUGACGAAGUUCGACAUUCCAUACAACACGAAGUACAAAAGGCUCAAACGCAACAAAAAGCAGAGAGAAAGAGCCGUCGCUUCGGGCGAUACUGAAGUUCAAGAAGAGGUUCUACUUUACUGCCUGGGGGAUGUGCUUCAAACCGAAGAAGAGACACAGGCUUGGCGUUUGGCUGACUGGACGAAAGAGGAUGAGGAGCGAAUGGGACAGGAAUCGUAUGAAUGGAUCCGAAUGGAUGCAGACUUUGAGUGGGUCUGUAAACUGUCUCUCGGUAUGCCAGGGUACAUGUAUCUCUCGCAGCUUCAGCAAGAUCGAGAUGUUGUGGCCCAGCUCGAGUCGUUACAAUACAUGACUGCUCAACGAGAGCAUCCUCUGAUUUCCACGAUCUUUGUUCGCACACUCAUGGAUAGUCGAUACUUCCAUGGCAUACGUACAACGGCUGCGCGUGCCUUGGUAAAACAUGCCAAGGAUGAGAUUGAUUGGGUUGGACUACAUCAUCUUGAGAAGGCGUUCCAGGAGCUUUUCUGUCUCCCGGGAUCGCCCAUGACUCGCUCCAAUGACUUCUCCGACCGAGCGGCCUACAUCCUCCAACAAGUCAUCCCUGACUCAAUUUCUAAAGUCCGUGACAACAGUGGCAAAACUCCAUUAAGGGUGAAGCGAUUUCUUUUCGAUAAACUCAAGUUCAAUGACAACUCGAACAAUGAGUACUCAGACAACUUCUAUGUUGCCUCCUUGAUGAAGUCCCUAUGCCAUGCGAUGCUCGGUAAGAGCGAGGCGCGGACGGAUGAAGAAUUAGAUCAUUUUGAUAUGGAACGUGUUCUUGAGGCUCAGGCGGAGGAACAACUGGACAAGGAUGCCAUCGCCGAAUUUGACCGCUACCGACGAAUGGACGAAUGGUCCAGCUCUUUCCAAAACCUCUACUCCCGGGCUGCACUUCAAUGCCAAGCGCAAUUGAUGCAAGCGAAGAUGAUGGACCUGGAUUUGAUGCGUUUCAUCCCAUAUACGCGGGCAGGAACCUAUGAUCUUCUACGGAUGCAAGCCUUCCAAUGUUUGGUCGACCUGGAUAUUUCCCAGAGCCCGGAGCUUCUUCGAUGGCUCAUGUUCACAUUGUCAGUCGAUUCCUCGGCCUGGAUACGCCACCAAUCUUUACGUUUGCUCGGUCAGACCCUAGCACAGAUUGCUUUUGGUCGUCCUCACCAAACCGAAGCCUUACAAAAUGAUGCUUUGAUUAUCGAACAAGAAUCCUCCACCCAAAUCCGCCGGGAGGACAUAGCGAGACGCCAGACCAUCCCCGGCGCUAUCGAAGCCCUUAAACGAGAGCUUGCUCCCGACACAUCUAUGAAGGAGUGUAUGUGGGCAGCAUGCAAUUCACCAUGCAUGGGCCUCUUGGAGCUCUCGGAGCUCACUGACCUUUGCCGUACGCUGUACGACCCACUCACAUCCAAGCUCGUGCGGUUGAAACUUCCUCGAUAUUGGAGUGUGCAACAUCAAGGUCAUGGCAAGUUACGUUUCUAUCGGUCUACCAAAGCCCGCAUGGGUCCGUCUUCCAAGCGCAAGCGCGAGGAUCAGGGCAUGCACGCACCCUCAUCAACCCGGAUUACGUUCAAGCAGUCCAAGACUGGCCUGGCUCCAGGAACUCCCACCCCCAAUCAUCUCCCAAAAAUGCACAUUCCAAGACCCUCGCCUGCGCAAAGCGCAACUCCCAAAGCCCCUGCCACGGCUACACCCAAGCUAAAGCUCAAGUUUGGUGGUCGACCAACAUGA